AGAGGGUGGCUGGGUAACCUUGUUUUCGUGGUCAGCGGCAGCUCAUUGCGUUGCUAUGUCAACGGUACCAUUCAACAGACGCCAUUUUGGAUAAUAGCUUCGAAUACUUCACACCAUGCUAUCGCUAUACCCGGACGAAACUUCCAAGGCAAAUGUGUCGUUUGGGACAACACUUGACCGUGAACUUAUGCCGAUUAAGGCCCCUAAUAAUAGAUUUGGUAACGAAUUACUCGCUAUUCGUGGAGCGCCUAACAGAGGACCCGGCUGCUAUGAUAAUGCCGAGGUGAGCACAUUUGUAUAUGAGCAAGAGCAGAGGCCGGUAUGCCGUAGAGGGUAUUCACUUGGUGCUAGGACAGCGCCAAGGUUCCCCAAGCCAAUGCAUAUGGACGUGCCUGGAGCACCAACAUACCAGGCAGUGAUAAGCAAACCUCAAGAGUUUGAUCCUGCAUUUAAACCUUUCAGUGUUGGGGCCAACAGAUUUAGAGAAACUGCACAGGCCAAAGAAGCUUUACCAGGUGCUGGCUCAUAUGAACAUGAUGUUGAGAGCAACCGAAAGAUUAAAUACCAUGGCUCAUUUGGGGGUCCUCAGACCCUCAUAAACUCAGUACAAAUCAAGUGCAACAACUUUGGAGAAAGAGACACUUGUAAAAACUGUAAGAACCAUCCAAUUGGUGACUACUACGAGUACAAAAAGAAGCACUUCUGUCGGAAAUGUUAUAAUCAGCUACUGGAAAGUGGAACUAAAUAUCCCAGAAGUUAUCUUCAAAAAUUCUAUAAGGUUCGAGACUGCUCACUUAUUCACGACCACGAAGGAACAAAUGCCAAACUACAGCUCAAAACAGAAAAAGAUCUAAGAAAGCAGCGAUUCAGAGAAGCAUACAUGAGCCUUUACUUCAAGUGACUGAUAUUGCACCCUGAAUGUUUCUGUACUCACAUCAGUACAGACCAUCAGUGCUAAUACAGGCCUCUGACCACCAGCACCAAAACUUGAUAUGGAGAAAUUAUAAAAAUUUAUAAUAGUAUUAUAGAUAGAAAACAAAAUGAUAAAAACAACAUACAGUGGGAACAGGUGUAGACCUCCUGGAGAUUUAUUAAUGAGGUUCUUCUUGGUCAGUCAAUGUAUUUCUUCUGUACAGCAAAUGUAAAUAGAUAAUAAAAACCUGUUGUUUAACAAAA